CACCUCUACACCUCAGAGAGAGAGUACAAAAAGAGCUGCUCUGUGAGAAAGGAAUGCAAUAUUUGCCUUGCCAAUUCCCACACCAGUCUGGAGAGAGGUAAAAAGAAAUAUUGGCUCUAACCGCAUGCUCAUACACACAAACACACCUUACAGAGCAGUGCAGCGUCUCUCUCUCUGUCAGGGGCUUUCUUACACGGCUGUGAUGGGACACUCUGCUGGGUCUUUCUCUGGACUUUUCUUCUCACUCGGGUGGAAACAGGGAGGUGUUUUUGGAGGCACAGGAAAAACAUUGCUGGACAUGAACUAGUUUGGACUGGACGUAAAGGAUUUUUUGUCCGAUACACUGGACAUCACUUCAGAAUGGCCACAAGAAGUCCAGUCCAUGUGACAGUAGGACACUGGAGAAGGCCUGGGAUUACUACUGAUUUAUUUGAAAUGAUUGAAAGAAUGCAGAGCAACAGAAUGGAUGAACAGCGGUGUGCCCUGCCUCCACCCCUUAAAACUGAGGAGGACUACAUCCCAUACCCCAGUGUUCAUGAGGUGUUAGGCAGGAAAAGCCCUUUUCCACUGAUCCUGCUGCCUCAGUUCGGAGGUUACUGGAUUGAAGGCACCAACCACGAGCUGAGCAACGGAAAUGACCUGGAUCAGCUGCUGUCUCCUACGUCCCAAAUCAAGCUGGAAACCAACAUUACAGCCAAGAUCUACAGGAAACACUUUAUGGGAAAGGAGCACUUUAAUUACUACACAAUGGACAGCGCUCUGGGCCACCUGGUCUUCUCGGUUAAAUAUGAAGUGAUCGGGGACCAGGAGCACCUCCGUCUAAUGUUAAGGAGCAAAUUAAAGACAUAUCAUGAUGUGAUCCCUAUAUCAUGUCUGACUGAAUUCCCCAACGUUGUCCAGAUGGCCAAGCUUGUGUGUGAGGAGGUGAACGUGGAUCGCUUCUUCCCAGUGCUUUACCCGAAGGCUUCGAGGCUUAUUGUGACGUUUGAUGAGCAUGUCAUCAGUAACAACUUCAAGUUCGGAGUAAUAUAUCAGAAGUUUGGACAGACUGUUGAGGAGGAGCUGUUUGGAAAUAAUGAGGAAAGUCCAGCGUUUGUGGAGUUUUUAGAGUUUUUGGGUCAGAAGAUCAAGCUCCAUGAUUUUAAAGGUUUUCGGGGAGGCUUGGACGUGACACAUGGACAAACAGGCACAGAAUCAGUCUACUACAACUUCCAUAACAAAGAGGUCAUGUUCCACGUCUCCACCAAGCUCCCCUACACUGAAGGUGACACACAGCAGCUGCAGAGGAAGAGACAUAUAGGAAAUGACAUUGUGGCCAUUGUGUUCCAAGAGGAGAACACUCCCUUUGUGCCAGACAUGAUCGCAUCAAACUUCCUGCAUGCCUACAUUGUGGUACAAGUGGAGAAUGCAUGUUCUGACAAUGUCUUGUACAAGGUGUCAGUGACUGCCAGAGAUGAUGUCCCAUUUUUUGGACCAGCUCUACCUGAUCCUGCCAUAUUCAAGAAGGGACCAGAGUUUCACGAGUUUUUAUAUACAAAGCUAAUCAAUGCCGAGCACGCCUGCUACAAAGCUGAGAAGUUUGCCAGACUGGAGGAGCGCACUCGAGGAGCCCUGCUAGAGACACUGUACGAAGAGCUGCAUAUCAACAGUCAGGCCAUGAUGGGGCUCGUCGGUGAUGAGGAGAAGCUUGAGAAUGGAGGAGGAGGAGGAGGGGGCUUCUUCGAGUCUUUUAAGCGGGUGAUCCGCAACAGGAGCCACUCUCUGGAUGCCAUGAAUUUCAGUAUUGGGAAGCGUGCGGUCUCUUCUAGUCACAGCGGCAGUUUUACCCACAACAACAACAACAACGAUCAGCUGCACUCACCAGAGGCCCCCAAAUACGCUGGGAUAUCAUUGCUUGUCCCAGGGAAAAGUCCCAGUAAAUACGGACGCCGCGGCAGUGCCAUAGGGAUAGGAACGAUAGAAGAGUCUCUGAUCAUUCCUGGAAAAAGUCCAACGAGGAAAAAGUCUGGCCCAUUCAACUCUCGCAGGAGCAGUGCCAUCGGCAUCGAGAACAUCCAGGAGGUGCAGGAGAAAAGGAUUGCUGCUCUCUUGUCAGAGGACAGGACAGUGCUCUGUGUCUCUCUGCCCAGCGUCAGUCUCAGGAACGGCAGGCUCAUCAUGGAUUCCUCCAACAGUAGGGAGAGUUCGCCGAGCACACAGAAGACUCCUGACAGUGGACACAUAUCACAGGAACCCAAGUCUGAAAUCUCAUCCAAUCAGAGCUCACCUGAGGUCCUUGUCACUAAGAACAGCUCGGCUAUGUGCUUCAGAGCUCCUUCCAUCCCUGAAGCUCAUGACUUGUCACGUUCCUCCUCAAAUGCCAGCAGCUUUGCCAGUGUGGUGGAGGAGAACGAAGCCGAGGUCACUGAAGACUACGAUACAGGCAUGGAAAGUCUGUCAUCAGCAGGGACUCCACACAAGCGGGACUCGUUCACCUACAACACAUGGCUGGAUGACAAUGUAAACAACAUCAGCACCACCAGAAGGGGAAGCUCAUCUGGUUUAGGCAAACCUCCCGAUAGUGGUAAAGGUCACGAGCAGAACCGGACAGACAUCCGCUUCAAACUAGAUCGACCGAUUGACCACAAGUCUGCAUCGAACUGCUAGCCUCUCCAGUCUGAUUACAUCAUGGAUCUCCAUCAACAGCUACCAUUAAAGGCAUUCCUAUAAAACUCAUGAGCUCGGGUUUUCACCGUGACUGCUACUGCUGCUGAAGAUGCCGAUGAAGACGAUGAAGAAGAUGAUGAAAAUAACUCCAGCCUGCACUACAGUGACAGAUGACAGUGAUGACAGGAUUGUGAUUAUGUACAUAAUAGAGUGACUAUGUCCUGCAUCAGACUCCUGCUUUACAGGUGGUCCAGUGCAAGACCGAGAGAGGAAGAGGAGGGAAUGGGGGGGACACAGGCUGCAUGGAGAGACCUUAAUUUGCACUGCAUCACUUUCCUUUUCAUGGUGAAUUUCUCGUCUGGUUUCCACUCUGCUGAAUUUGGCCUGUUCUGUUCUUUCCUCAGUACUGCUUCUAAGACCAUGUAGAAAAUCAAGUUGGCUUGAUUUUCUAGGCAGAGACUGCUAUCUGUUUCUCAUCGUUAGCUCCUAACGCUGAGCCAUGUUGAGCUCCAAAUAUUACAACAACAAAAAAAAAACCAGCAUGCAGCAGGAGCUUGUUCAUCAGGUAAAGCUCACUGGAAUGUUUCUCAGCCAUUGGCAUGGGCAUGCUAUUUCUUUUUUUUUUUUUUUAAUUAUUAUUAUUAUUAUUAUUAUUAUUAUUAUUAUUAUUAUUAUUGUUACUGUCUGAUUUUUGUCUCUGGGUAAUCACUACUGAUACUGAAACUGUGUUCCACCUCCAGAAAAAAUUACAGUCUAACAUACAAACUAGAAAGCAAACGUUUUCAUCAUCAAUAUCAUUCCCAGGUUGGCAACAAAACAAAAAAAAAAGGAGUUAAAGUUAUAUUCAGCUAGUAUCUAUUCUUUAAAUAGAAAUUGCAUAACAAAAAAAUUACUCAACCCUCAAACAGGUGAUUCAUCUAGCCAGCUAAGUAGCUCCAGCAUUCAUAGAAUGUGUUGAAAUGUGUUGUUAUAAACCUCAUACUGUACAUCCUUCUAUAGUGAGAGAAGAUUUUUUUUGUUGUUGUUGUUGUUAUUUCUGUGAAAGGGACAUUCACCUUCCUUAUAUACAAGACAGAAACCAUGAUACACAACAGACUGUGAGUUCUUACUGUAAUGUGCGUAUUUAAAUAUAAGAUGUGGUCUUUUUUAACGUGUUUGGACCCUAGAUCUGUGAUACCACUUCAAGGUUUAACGUCUACCUAUUCUAAAUAUUCAGGCCUUCCCAUUCAAACCCAUGCCACUACAGAAAACUGUCCGAAAUAUUAAGAAUUUUGAUUUCAACUCAAGCUAAAAAUACCCAGACAUUUUUUUCCAGACGUAAAGAUUAGUUUAAUUUAGAUCAACUCUAUAUAAGCAUAGGCUUAAACCAGACACUGUCUGUCUUUGAAUCUCAGUAAUCACCAAAAUCACUGAUCACGUGUCUAGAUUUCACGGAGAAUAUCCAGCACAGAGGAUUACAGUGCGUGUGGUUGCUUUACUGCAAUGAAAACCGGCAAUCAGGGAGGAUGUGAGGUAGCUGAAGGUAUAAAUGUCGAGUAAAUAUUCAAGUACAUAUGUUUAUUUAUUUAAGAAAGAAAGAAAAAAAAAGAAAAGAGUUUAACGUUGUGUUUUAUUUUAUCCCAGUGGCCAAUGCAUCAACAGAACUUUCUAUUCAUUUUUGUUGGAAUUUAAGCUAAAAUGAGGAUUAUGAAUUAAUCCUGUAAACCCUUAAUCCUUUAAAGUAUGUACUUAUGAGAAAGAUAAGCAUAAAUGUGCACCCAGUGAGGGGUUCUGGGAGUGUCCCCUGACAGACUUUUACAUCAGACUUUGCUCUGUAAUGCAGGUCAUCACUGUGUGAAAAUGAAGGACAUUUUCAUAGAAAUACUUUGAAUUGGAUGAUUAAAAGGGAUUUUUUUUUUAUUUUACUUUUUUCCGCAAACAAAUGAAUUGCCCCUGGCAGCCCUGCUUAGCGCUUUUGUGCCCCUCUGUGGUCAGUUCUGGUCUUUUUAAGCUAGAAGCAUCCAUAUUGUAGUUUCAGUGCAAAAAGCCAAAUUAGGUAACAACAAAAAAUUACAAAAAAAAAAAAAAACCGAGCAGAAAAUAUGUGCUGCACAAAACAGGGUACCGAUCAAGCAAUGCUACGACUGUUAGUGUGAAUUCUUCAUGCUUUUGUGGGCUCAUUUGUGUAAAUAAUGCUGUUUUGUACAUAGGUCUACUGCCCCCAAAAAAGAAAAUAAAGAGAUUUGGGUGGAAUAUUU